UAAAACGUAUCACUGCAUAUAUAAAAUAAUUUAGCUCUAGUUUGAUACCUCCUUCGAAGCCGUGGUUGGUGAUAUAUUAAACAACUAGACUUUAUAGAUAAAAUGUGGCGUUGAAACAUAGUAUGGUUUCAAAUGGCACAUCCUAAACUCCAUUGGUGAAUUAUUUCAAUAAAAAAUGACGGAUACGAACAUAAAAAGAAAAGCGACGAAGGACAGUGAAGAAAAAAGUGAAAGCAAUACUACAAGUAAAGAUGACGAAAACUUAAUGCAAAAUUGGAGUUUAACUUUCACAGAAUAUGCCAUGAACGACCAGUUUACAGGGGAGCCGGUUGGGAGGAGCAGGGAAGAGACUCUGAAAAGUAGUCCUGGUCAGUCACGAUCUUCUCGGCCUCCUGAUGGAAGAGGCUAUCACCUUGACAACGGCAGAUUACCUCUUAAUAUUGAAGAUCCCGUACAAAUACACGGACUAUUUCAAAAUGGAAGAAAUUCAGAUGAAAAAUUUGUAUCUGAAAAAAUAGAGGUGCAGUUGCCACAAGCAGAACAGUUAAGUGAGGACAAACAAUCAGUGAGUAUUGAAGGUAAGGCAUUGAGUAUAGCUAAGUCACGUGAUAAAAACAGUGCACGUACACGAGAAAGAAACAGUGGACAUUUCAGAAUGACAGAAAAUGCCUCUAUCAGAAGUAGUUCAGGAAAAUCUUAUAGUCAUACUGAGAAAAGAACCGAGAAUGUGCGUGAAAAACGUGCCGAUGCAAUGAAAGAAUCUACAGGUAGUAAACAAGGUGUUAUUUACAAUCACCCUGUCCUUCCGUCCAUAGGACAAAGACAAAGUUCCAGAGAAAUGCCGAAUAUAGUGGGAGGCGGACGCAGUUCCAGAGAAAAGCCGGAUAUAAUUCGAGUCGGGCGCCAAACACAUAGAGGAAAUAUACGCAACACCCCGCCGCCCCCGAAAGAUGGUUACGGUGGCAAAGUCCAACCGAUCUAUGUUAGGUUUCCUGGCCAACGGACAGGCCAGAUGAUGUUUGCGGAGAUGAAUCAGCAGUCGGGUCAAGUCCGCAUUGUGGGACGGGACAAAGAGAAGGAGAUGUUGGCUCGGUUGGCAUGGUUACUGCUGGACGCCGGUACCUCGGCUCUUCGUGCAACCUUCGACAGCAUACACCCACCCCUAAAUCUUCGAGAACACUUGAAACAGUCACACGUGAAAGCCGUGCUCCAGCGACUUCUGCAACAGACUGUUCUGACUGAGAAACAAUGGCAGCUGCUAUACCCGGUGAAGAAGAAACAUCAAUCGUCACAAAAGUAUGACAGUAGGACCUUGAUCAUUCUUCUAGAGACAAUCUGCCAUCUGUGCCCACCAUAUCCGAAUGGUUGGGGCAAGGAACCACUUCCGAAAGAUGGUUCGCUGAGUGCAGAUAUAGUCCGUCUGCAGCUACUGUUUCAGGACAUUGCUAGACACGAAGCCAUUGCCGGAGAAGCAUAUGCGCCAUGGUUCAUUCAGAUACGUGAUGUUAUCGUCCGCCUUGGUGGUCCUCCUAUCAGAAUCAAGAUUACAAGAAUAGAAACAGAGAUGAUCAACCUUGACAUGCAGCAACACUAUAUCAAGACGCUGAGAGAUACCUGGCAACCGGAUGUUAUACAGAAACUAGAAAAAGUACAUGAAUUCCGCACAAAGACAUCAAAAGCCAGAAAGGCGUAUGCAAAUUCGAAAGGGGCAGAAGAAGGACUUUCUCCGGAAGACAGGGUAACGUUAAAAAAGACGUACAAACUUCUGGUAGAAAAUGUACAAGCAGAAGAUGUCAUUGAUCGUCUGCAGCAGUCGCAGGUCGUCAAGUUCUCUGACAGGCAGGAAGUUCUCAGUGUGUCCAAGAAACAAGAACGUAUGCAAAUGUUGCUAGACAAGUUAGCCGACUCAAAACUGCCAUAUGCACUGAAAGCGUUAUUUGAUGCAAUGAAGUUCAAAUACAAAAAGUUAUACGAACAUGUCAUGGCCAUCAGGAAACAGAUAUAUAAAGAAGGCGUGGUCAAUACAAUAGAUGUGUCUGGUAUUGUGCAAGAAGCUCUGAUCAACAACUACAAGAACACAUUUUCCCGUGUUUAUCCUUUCCCGUGGAGUGAAAGUAUUCAUGGGACUAUCCGUGAUAUUUACACGCCGUUGGAUAUUGUCGACAGCAAUGGUCAUAAACUUCAUUCAAAUGAACUCCUGCCUGCACCAUGUCCUGUUGGAACUGGUCGUGGAAACAGAAUAAUGAUUGAAGGGGCAAGCGGUAGUGGAAAAUCAGUCCUCUGUGCGUGGCUUUCGUACAUGUGGGCCACACAUCCGUCUUAUUUCAAGAACAAAUACACCCAUCUGUUAUACCUUGAUAUGUCUUCAAUGGAAGGUAAUUUUGAAACCGCGGUGUACAAGAGUCUCUUUCCCAACAAUUUCAAAAUCAGUAUAAACGAGGUUUGGAAAAUGUUGGAAAAAAGAUCAAAUGAAGUGCUUGUCAUCAUCGAUAAUUAUGACAAAGGGUGUAACGUCGAUAUGACUGCAGUUUUGACUGGUACUAGGUUGAAGGAAAGUACUGUUUUGUAUGCAGUCAAUCCUGAUUUUGUUCAAAACAAUACUUUGACACCGGAUAUAAAGUGGUUCAACUUGGGGCUGAAUGAAGUUCACAUUCGCCGAUGUUUCAGAAACUGCGUGUCAAUAUCCGAACUAGAACAUGAGGAAUUCGAGAAACUGUAUCAUCUUGCGGGUCGUGAAUCGUGGCCCCUGCGACAGCAUCUUGUGAACCCCAUGUUAGCUGUGAAAGCUUUUGGGGUUUUCAGUGUGCUUCGGAAAGGUACGAUGUUGAAGGAAAUGAAAACCACGUGUGACUUACUGGAGAAAUAUGGUGCGGCAAUGGCGACUCUCUACUGUCGAAAACAGAAGAUAGACAUAAUAGGUUUCGAAUUUCCUGAUGAGAUUUUAAGUGCAAUAGAAAAGUUAGACAGAUUUGCAUUUAUAUGCAUGAUGGAGGACAAAUUCGUCUUCACGGAAGCCGAGAUCCUGGAAGAAACAAAGGAUCCUACAGUUCUUAAAUUUGGUGCUUUCAGCAGGUUUACUCAGGGAUCGAAAUUGAAAUUUGCUUGCGGAAUAUCAGCAGAUUACCUAGCGGCGCGACAUAUUGCUGACAUGGUAUACGAGGACAUAGAGACGACUAUCUUGAAGAACAAAAUGGUCAAAUUUCCAAGAUACACACAGAUGAUGUCUUUUCUUUACGGUCAAUAUCGGGAUGAUACAGACACACAGGUUCUUCAGUCAUUGUUUGACCAACUGGCAGCAAGAAACGAAUAUUGUAUCCGGGGUUUCUUCCUCCCAGACCCAUCAAUAAGUACACCCAUAGACGGCGAAGGCAAGGUCAAAGUACCACGUGGUGUUUUGCAUGACUUUUCUACCAGCUUGCAUUGCCUAGCGGAAUGCCCUGAAAGACUUGAUGCUAUAUGUACGAUAGCACAAUCGUUACCACAAAGACUCAUAAUCAAGAUGGACAAUUUGCUGGCAAUCAAGUGUGUCCAAGGCCUCUGUCUGUGUCUAGAAAAUCCAGAGUGUGCCAUACAAGAGUUGGAAAUUGAAGUUCAUCAGUAUCAUCAUUUCCAACUUCCGAUAUUCCUUCAGCUGGCAAAGGCAGUGGGUAAAUGUUCAAACCUAAAUUCCAUCAAAAUUACCUGGUCAUCAUUAGAUGUCAUGGCAAAAUUCCUCGCACAAGUUAUGGAAAACUCUCAAACAAUCGACACUGUGGUUCUGACAGAGGACCAAAGCCGAAAGCAAGUGAACGUCAAACAGAUAUCAGCGGUAACUUGGGCAGCGCUUCAGUCCGCUUGCACGUGCAUGACUUCUGUAAAUCAUUUGUCAUUUUUGUCUGCAAGAGUAACUGCAAUCGUAAAUCAUGUGUUGCAGUAUAUGCCAACAACGAUUGUUCACGUCAAUCUUACGGGAUGUGCAUUUAAUUUGAUGUGUGCGGGUCAAAUAGCGAGCUAUCUUCACGGAAACACCGCUUUACGUUUUCUAGAUCUUAGCUACGCACAAUUUAAUAGUAGCGAGUUCGUUGCCAUAUUUCAAGGUAUGCAGAUGUGCGAAGGAAUUCAGACGGUUAGGGUGCGUGGUUCUCGGCUUGAUAGGCCUUGUGUCAUCGCGCUGGCAGAAUAUAUCAAACUCACACAUUCUCUAGAAAUUCUUGACCUUAGCGACUGUGAACUGAAUACCGAAAUGUGCACGAGACUAGUAACUGCCAUCCGGCAAAACCGAACACUGCAAAAACUAGUUUUCAACAACACAAGAAUUACGACUGAGGGACGGAGGGUCAUUGCCAAAACAAAGUCUAAAGUUCAACGAGUAUAUGUUGAAGGUUUAGUUCCUAUCUACGGUUGAUAAAGACGAGAGCACACACGCAUUGCUCGAUAUAGAACAAGAUAAACUAAUUAACUAAUUGAAUGUUUACAAUUUACAAUUUGAAUGGGAAAAAUGUGCACUCAUUUCACUUUGCACCUGUGUUUUACUUAUUUACAUUCGGACUGUAAAGAUACAAGAAAUAAUUCGCAAUAUCACAACAGACAUGUAAACAUGAAAUAUAUUUUAGUGAUUCUCGUGUUUACAAUCUUAUAUUAAACACUAUGAAUAACUUGUUAUACAAUAUAUAUAUAUAUAUACUGUUUAUUCUUAUAUAUAAUAGAAUUGAGUAUUUAUAAGUAAUCUUCUUAAAAAGAAAUAAAUGCAUGAACACUUAUAAAGCGUUACAAUGUUAGUAAUAACGAGGUCAUGAUACAUAAAUGAAUUUGAAAUGAGGUUUUUCAUGUGCAUCUUUCACGAGUUGAAACUUGCCAUUUGUGUGUUUUGCUGGGCAGUGCCAAACUUUGUCCAUUUUCGUGUUGUUUUCCUCUGUUAGUUGCAUUUUGACUUUAUACUUUUAUAUACAUAUCCGUAGUUUAUACAUUAAUAAUUUCACUGCUGUAAGGAGACUGGCUGUUCCGUUUAUCGUUGUUUUUUGUCAUAUCAAAUGAUGAUAAAAGGAUAGUCGCAGGACAGUAAAGAACCUUUCUCGUGCAUUUUAAACAUAUCUGUACAUAAUUGCAUUCUUUUACAUCAACCUGAUUUUCAAUUAAAAUCAUUCUGGUA